AUGGUCUAUAUUCUGUCGGGUGUUCAUCACAAUUCCCUUCCAAGAACCUGUUCAGCUGAUCCCCACAAUAAUCCCUGCUUCGCUUUCCAUCUUCCCGACCACUUUCAUUUUACGAGGAAGCUUUUUGCUGGAAAGCCUUCUUAUAGUUCCAAGCUCUUAGAUAAGGAGCUUAUGACUUCAAAGGAGAAACAUUACAAUCACAAGCUACUGGUUCAUGCUACUAAACUUGGCAGAUCACCGAGAAAACACACAUCCUUUGGUGGGGCGUGGAAUAAAUAUUCAACUUUAUUGGAUGACCGACCUCAGAAUGCUCAAUCACUUGGUCAUCUGAAACUUAUGCUGAUGUGUGGAUUUUUUACUCUUCAAACUACUCAACAAGCGCUUGCUGGUGCGGAUGUCCGGCAGUCCUUUUCAUUCUUAGGGGAUGUCGGCGAUAUUAGCACAGGUUUUGCUUCAGCAUUCUUGUUGAUAUUUUUCUCCGAACUCGGCGAUAAAACCUUCUUUAUCGCGGCACUCCUAGCAGCUAAAAAUUCUGCUGUUGUCACAUUCAUAGGGACAUUCGGUGCACUAGGGGUAAUGACGAUCAUAUCUGUCAUUGUUGGACGGACAUUUCACUAUGUUGAUGAUAUUCUUCCAUUCAGGUUGGGAGAUGCUGAUUUACCAAUUGAUGAUAUUGCUGCAGUUUGCCUUCUGGUAUAUUUUGGUGUUUCAUCCUUGCUGGAAGCCUCCUCAAGUGAAGGCCUGAAAUUGGAAGAGGAACAAAAGGAGGCAGAGCUUGCAGUUUCAGAGCUUUCAGGAUCAGGUGCGGGCAUUUUGUCUGCUGCUAACACGGUCUUGAGUACUUUUUUGUUGGUUUUUGUUGCUGAGUGGGGUGACAAAUCAUUCUUCUCCACUAUAGCUCUUGCUGCGGCCUCAUCUCCUCUUGGAGUCAUUGCAGGGGCACUUGCUGGUCAUGGAGUCGCAACUUUGCUUGCUGUUUUGGGAGGAUCUUUCAUGGGAACAUACCUCUCUGAGAAGGUUAUUGCAUACAUUGGUGGUGUACUCUUCCUCGUCUUUGCUGCUAUAACAUUAAUUGAAAUCGUGAGCUAG